UGCACUCAUUUUUCUAUAAAUAGACUGGUUAAUUUGAUCCCCUUCUGGUAUCUCAUAUCUCAUCACAAACAUUGUUGUUGUGUUUGCAAAUAACUCGAACAAUGAAGUAUCAUCAGAAGAGUUUGCCGAAGAAGAAGAUGAUAAUCAUGGUUCCAUACCCGGCGCAGGGGCACGUGACCCCCAUGUGCCAGCUAGCCACCGCGUUAGUCCACCGCGGAUUCCACCCUGUUGUUGUCACCCCGGAAUUCAUUCACCGAAAAAUCAAUCCCCGAGACGAAAAUAGUACCGAUGUUUCUUUCUUGUCCAUUCCCGAUGGGUUGGAUGAGGAUGGGCCACGCGAUUUUUUCGCGAUUGAGAAGGCUAUGGAGAACGAUAUGGCGACUCAUUUAGAGGGCCUCGUUCGCAAACUUCACGAGGACGAGGACAAGAAAGAAGGUGGUGGGAAUGUUGUGUGUGUGGUGGUUGACUUGUUAUGUUCUUAUGCUAUUGAAGUAGCCGAGAGGUGCGGUGUUCCCGUGGCCGGGUUUUGGGCAGUUAUGUUGGCUGCUUAUCGCUUGAUCGCUGCUAUUCCUUAUAUGUUACACACCGGUCUCGUUUCUGAAACAGGUACUCCACAAUUCAAAGGUCAGAUUUGCAUCGUACCAGGUCAACCAAAACUAGGCCCCGACGAUCUUCCAUGGUUGAUUGGAACUUCUGCUGCCAAAAUUUCAAGGUUCAAAUUUUGGAUCAGGACCUUAGAUAGGUCAAGUAGGCUUCGAUGGCUCCUCGUAAAUUCCUCCCCAAAAGAAGAAGAAGAAGAAGAAUGCCAUGAUCACGAGCAGAAAAUACGAUUAAUCAAUGCCUAUGAUCAACAACAUUACCCUUUCAUUUUUCCGGUUGGACCUCUAAGCAAGCACGCUUUAACGUGCAAGAACGCAACGUUUUGGGAAGAGGACAUGACCUGUUUGGAUUGGCUAGAGAAACAAAGGUCUAGCUCGGUCGUGUACGUCUCGUUCGGGAGUUGGGUUAGUCCCAUUGGGGAAGGAAAGAUCAAGAGUUUAGCAUUGGCACUCGAGGCAUCUAAACGCCCGUUUAUUUGGGUCCUGGGCAUUUCGUGGCGCGAAGGUCUACCGCAAGGGUAUUUAGAGAGAGUCUCGAAACAAGGGAAAGUGGUUUCAUGGGCACCACAGAUGGAGGUGCUAAGACAUCAGGCUGUGGGGUGUUAUCUCACACAUUGCGGGUGGAACUCGACCAACGAGGCUAUACAAUGCAUGAAACCCCUGGUGUGUUAUCCGGUCGCCGGGGACCAGUUUGUGAAUUGCGCAUAUAUCGCGGACGUGUGGAGAAUUGGGGUGAAGAUUGGAGGGCUUGGACAGAAAGAUGUGGAAGAGGGUUUUAGGGAGGUUUUGGAGGAUGGAAAGAUGAGAGAGAGUUUGUUGAGAUUGAAUGGGAGGAUUAUGGGGAAGGAAGGUAGCUUAAGUGCCACUAAUUAUCUCACAACCUUUAUUGAUGACCUAGAGAAGUCAUGAA